CCCUCUAAGUAAAAUCCAAAAUGUAAAAGGGGCUCUAUAGAAAUUCCUCUUCUUCGGGCUUUUUCUAUACUUCUUUUCCUCUUCAUCAAAAGACGCAUGCAUUCGCAUUCUCCUUCGCUCACCAUUACUGCUUUCUCCUGUGAAGGAGGGAGAGAGCGAGAGAGAGAGAGGGAGAGAGAGGGAGCUUUUUAUGCACAAACCAUUAAUUAUUCCUCUCCUCGCUUUGUUUGGUUAAUUAUGGACCGAGAAACCACUCAAAGUUCCCAUCUUGGUGUUGCUCACAUUGAUUUUUCUCUUUGAUUUUGUCUUCUCCCCUGGUUUUAAACACGCCCAUUGCGAUUUCUUAAUCCACUCUGCCCUUUCUGUGUCACAUAAUAAAAAUCGCAACUUUAGCUAGAACUAGUAGACUCUUCCCCAAAUGUUAGUACAGGGAGAAAAAUCCCACAAAGACCUCGAGGCGGGGCCCCACCGUUGCCCGGCAACGGCGGCGGCGGUGGCCGGUGAUGACUCUGACGAGAGCCUCUGCUUCUCUGACACCGAGGACCGGUCGUGGCAUUCUCGCGAUAACUCAAAUUGCCCGUCCAUUCGUAGCUUAGGGGAAGAAGCAUUUGAGCCUCGUAGGAAAUCCUCCUUAUCAAAUUGCUCUUUUGAAUUCGAUUUGGAAGACGGACUCUCAGAAAUUGAAUCGAAUUUGGAGAAAAUCGAAAGAGAUUGCCGGAUUUGUCAUCUCGGUUUGGAAACUGCGGCUUCGGAGUCAGGUUUCGCGAUUGUGUUGGGCUGUUCUUGUAAAGAGGAUUUAGCUCUUGCUCACAAGCAAUGCGCGGAGACUUGGUUCAAGAUUAGAGGAAAUAAGACCUGCGAAAUUUGUGGCUCAACCGCACAAAAUGUGGUCGGUUCCGGCGAGACUGAGUCCACCGAGCAAUCAAAUGAAGCAUCCAAUAUGACAGCGGCGCCCCUGCAACAAUCUGAGACACGAAGCUUUUGGCAGGGGCAUCGGUUUCUCAACUUCCUCCUCGCCUGCAUGGUCUUCGCCUUUGUUAUUUCCUGGCUCUUUCACUUCAACGUUCCGGGAUAAGUUCGAGAACAACAUCUACUGUUUUCCAUCCUUUAUGCCGACUGCUUAUCCCAAGGCGAGGCUACUGCUGGAAAAUUCUGAAGAAGAUUGGGUGAAAAUUGAUGACUCUUACCAAGAAUCUGUGGCCUAUUAUGGAAUAUUACUUGCAUUGCAAAGGUGUUUUUAUGUAAAAGAAGAUAAAUGCGAGCCGAAGGGAUCUGAGAUCUGAAACUGCAGGUUUAUUCUGACUAGAGGUGGAACUGAGAGUGUGGGAUUGGUAAUGUGCUGCCGAUUUAAUAGUCAGAUAUCUUUCGUGUAUUUGUUCCUAAACGUUUGAUUAUGUAUUGGCAUGUGUUCUUUUAUUAAGUUUGUGAUUCAUGUUUCGCAAAUAUGCUGGUCCUUCUAUUUGGAAUCUGUUACCUAAUCUUGUUUCUUUUUUGUAACAAAAAACAGUGACUACAUGAUCCAUAACA